GUCCACAUGAAAUCAAAAUUGACUAUAUUUACUUUGUUCGCCUAAAUUGAUCGUUUUGUGCUGAACAAUUCAUCCAUGCGAGUCAAUCCACACAAAAAAUUUUUUUGGCUUCAUAAUCUUUAAUCAAAAUCUGAAAAUGCCACUCCCCUCUGCAUUGGAAGACCUUCACUGAUGACGUAGGCUUGAGGAAUUGGGUGUGUGCUUAAUCCGUAACCACGCCCCUCCAACUGACAGUAGACAGGCUGCCUGUGUGUGUUUGCGAGCAUUGACAGCGCGUGAAAGGAGAGAUGGCGAGGAGGUGCAUUUUUGGUUGUAGAACUCACGGAACACUUUUCCCUUUCCCCAAAAUUCCCUCGUUACGGUCCAGGUGGCUCGAUUUUUUACAUUUCGAGGAAGGAGGGAUAACAGAGUGGUCACGGAUGUGCUCGAAGCACUUCACGCGGGAAUGCUUCAUAAAUUGGACAGAAUACGAAAUGGGGUUUGUGAGAUAUCUGUCAUUAACAGAUAACGCUGUCCCGUCAGUGUACACCGUUGGUACCUCACAAAGUUUGACGCCUGUAUCAAGUGAUGUGGCCUGUCAAUGUCAUGCACCAUCUUUGAAAAAUGUGUCAGUUCAAACGGAAACCCACAAGCAGAAAAGACGGAGUAAAGCUGUUCAGGUGAAGCCUUUAGGCCACUCUGUUGGUGUGAGUGUUGGUACAGGUAUUGGAGCGCCGUGUCUCACUUCAACACCAAUUAAAAGGCCACGCAUGGAAGACACUGUGUUCGAGGAGAGCUCAACAUACACGUCAAACCAGUGUUCAGAUGUCACCUAUGAGCCUGAUGUCACUCAAGAGAGCAUUGAAAAGGUUUGCCAACCACUAUACAAAGCCAGGAAAUACAUGGUGUAUGAAGAGAAUUUGCUACAGCUGUUUCGGAAGUGUCAAGCAUGCUGCCAUACCUGCACAGUUGAGAAAUUUGUAAAUGGGACAUUUGUAUCCAUCACACAGAUCUGUUCACACUGCCUCCAAAAAACAAAGUGGAACAGCCAGCCACACAUCCAGAGUACACCGGCUGGGAAUUUGCAUUUGUCGGCAGCAGUAGCCUUCAGUGGGGCUUCAUACAUACAGAUCCACAAGGUACUGACAGCACUCUGUCUGGAAUGUAUAUGUCCCAGGACGUUUUUUAAUCAUCAGAAGACCUUUCUCCAGCCAACAAUUUUAUCGCACUGGAGGACUGAACAAAACACAAUGCUGGAGAUGGCAAGGCAUUAUGGAAAGGCCGUUGUCUUGGGUGGUGACAUGAGAGCUGAUUCCCCAGGACACUGUGCCAAGUAUGGAAGCUACACAAUGAUGAACCUGGAAGACAACAAGGUGGUGGACAUCCAGUUAAUCCAGAGUAAUGAAGUGGGUGCAAGUCCACGAAUGGAACGCGAAGGUUUUUUGAGAAGCCUCCAGUUCCUGGAAUCAGCAGGGUUAAGGGUUGGUGCUAUCGUCACAGAUCGGCAUCCUUCGAUACAAAAGUAUCUGAGGGAGCAGCGACCUGAUAUCAAGCAUUACUUCGAUACUUGGCAUGUCUCAAAGGGUCUUGCCAAGAAGAUCGAUGCACUAGGGAAAGAGCGUAGUUGUGGAGAGGUUCUGGCCUGGAGGAGAAGUAUCAUCAACCACCUUUACUGGUGUGCAUCCUCUUCCAAGACAGGAGAAGAAGCCGUGGAAAAAUGGAAGUCUGUCACCAACCACGUCCAAAAUGUGCACCACCAUGACAGCGACUUGUUCCCAGUCUGCGCCCACCCACCUCUUGAGAUGCGAGCUUGGCUGACACCAAGCACUAAAGCUUGUGAACGGUUUUGCGACCUGAUGAUAAACCAGCGCCUCCUGAAAGAUGUGGCAAAACUGAGCCCUCACCAUCAGACCUCCUCAGUUGAAGGUUUCCAUAGCCUGAUAUUGAAAUUUGCUCCGAAAAAUGUGGCUUUCUCAUUUGUGGGAAUGUUGAACAGGUUGCACCUUGCUGCUCUUCACUAUAAUGAAAAUUCCAAUCGCGAGUAUGCAUGCAGCCAGAGUGGUGAACCGUCCAUCAGAGUGAAAUGGCCAAAAUACAAAAAGGGGGAACAUUCCCUUCACUACAGAAAAACAGCACCAACCUACAAGUAUGUGGAGAGUCUGCUAAGACUGUUUUUUGAGGAGGUGGUCAUCAAUCCUUGCCCAUACCAAGAGCAGAUUAAUCAACUGGAGGUUCCAGACCACUUAUGUGCUGCCUUUGACAAGCCUGACCUACAGGAAUCUGAAGUCAGACCCUGGUCCCGUUUUACACAGAUGGAGUAGGAGCAGGUUUAGAUCGAGUGUGUAUGUGUGUGUGUGUGUGUGUGUGAGUGAGAGAGUGUGUGUGAGUGUGUCUGUGGUAGAGAGAGUGUGUGUGUGUGUGAGAGAGAGAGUGUGUGUGUGUAAUUUUUUGUGUUAAAAUUAAUCUUUAAGAUGUAAUAAAUGAAACAUCAAAUGUAAUUAAAGUCCUUUGUCAUUAUUUAUUACAUACAGUUGUACAUGCAUAUCACUUGCUAUUGUGGAUGUAGUGAAGGUAGCUUGAAGCCGGU